AUGAACACUAAAAAUGACUGUGCCCUUCUCCAUAUUUGUGAUGAUAUAUUUUUGAACCUAAUAAAAUAUUUUUCCAUAAAUGAAACUUUAAAAUUGAAACUUGUGAAUAAAAAUAUUUAUGAAUAUUUAAAAGAUGAAAAGGUAUAUCAGUUGAAUACAUGUUUGAAUUUAAAUAAUUAUAUAAAAUUUGUAAAGUUUGUAAAGUCUGAUAAAUUCAGUGCUUUUCUCUUGUCAAUUCUGAAUGAUGAAAAAAAUAUAUAUGACAGUCCUUACUAUGUUAAGAGGAAUGCUCAAUAUGGCGUCAACAAAAAACAGCUAGUUCCAAAAGGAAAAGGAUUUCUACAAAAAAUAAUUUUGAAAGGAGAAUUUUUAAGAAAUGUCAAUUUUUACGACUUAAGUAUUUUAUUAGCUAGCCAUUCCGAUACAUUAAAAGAAUUGUAUAUUAAUGGAUUAAACGAUGUCAAUUGUCCUCUCUUUAUAUAUUCAACUUAUAGUAUAAUUUUUGAGUUUUUUUCCAAAGAAGUUCUUUUUAAUAACCUAUCUUUUAAUUAUGUAACAAAAAAGGAUUUGCAAAAAAUUCAAAAAUAUAUCUCAAGUCAACGAAAGAUACCCAAAAAGGAAAAAAAAAAAAAAAGAUGUGAAAAAUGUGAUGAGAAAGUAGGAAGUCAAGUGAAGGAAAAAUGUGAACAUGAGGAAAAAAAAAUUUUAAGUAGAACCAAAACGGAUGUAGAUAUAAAAUUAUUUGAAAGUAAUAAAUUACCAAUGGGUGUUAAGUCAUCAUUAGAUAAUCAACUGACCAUGGGUACUCAAUAUUCUCUUGAUAGUCAAUUUUCUAUAGAUACGCAAUUUUCUUUAGAUACACAAUUUUCUACAGAUUCUCAAACAUCCAUAUAUAAUAAAAAUACAAGUGUAGACAAUAAAUCAUAUAAUUCAAGACAGAUAUAUAAUGAAAAAGAAUUGUCCCUAGAAAAUCUUCAUAUAAAAGAACAUUUAGAUCCGCGAGAAAAAAAAGACAUAUUUGGUAAGGUUACAUAUACAAAUACAAAAGAAUAUCAUAGAAAAAUAAGCUCCAAAAAAAUUAAGAAUUUUACUAUUAAUAAGGAAAAAAAUAAUAACAAUGAAGAUAAUAAUAAUAAUAAUAAUAAUGUAGUAUGUAAAGAAAAGAAAAACUUAAUAAUAAAAUUAUUCGACAAAUUUGUAAAAAAUGAAAAAAAAAAAAAAAACCUUCCUAUAACUAAUAAAAACAAAUUACAUAUUUUAUGUGAACAUAUAAGUAUAGUUUAUAAUUGUAAUAAGAAAUGUUUUGAAAAAAUAAAAAAUUAUAAACAAGAAACAAAUUUAAGUCCUUAUGUAAAUAAUCUAAUAAAUUUGAAAAUUUUAAAUUUAUCAGGUAUUCAAACUUAUGAUAUGAUUAAAAUGUUUAUUCCAAUAAAUAUGCCAUCUCUGAAUAUUUUAAAUAUUUAUUCAUAUGAUUAUUUUUUUUAUUUUUAUAAUAUGCUCAUAUCAUUUUUUUCAUAUGGAAAUGGACAAGAAAUUUUUACACGAUAUAUUAAUGUAAAAAAAAUUGAAGAAGAUGAAAAAGAAAAAAAUUAUCAUAUAAAAAAAAAAAAAAAUAUAUUACUAGAAUAUAAUAAAAGAAUGUAUGAAGUAAUAAAAUUAAUGGAUCAACAAUUAAAGCAUACAUGUAAUAGUUCUUCAUCUUUUCAAAAAAUCUUUGAAGAUGAAGCAAUCAAUAAUUAUGAACUCCAUAUAAAAAAUAAUGACAAGAAGGUAUUCAUAACUCCUUCAUAUGUAGAUAAUAUAUAUGUAAACCAUAUAAAUGCUCCAAUAUAUUAUGCGGAUGGAAAUUAUAUAAAAUACGAUACAGAUGAUGAGAGGGCAACAUGUAGUAUUGAGCGAUCACCAAGUUGGUCAUGCGUUCGAAGUAUUGAAAGUUAUGAUGACAACAGAAAAGGAGCUGAUAUCACAAAAAUGUAUGACACAAAAUUGGAAGGUCAAAGUAAAUUAAAAGGUGACAGUAAAUUAAAAGGUGAAAGUAAAUUGAAAGGUGAAAGUAAAUUAAAAGGUGAAAGUAAAUUAAUAGGUGACAGUAAAUUAAAAGGUGAAAGUAAAUUAAUAGGUGACAGUAAAUUAAUAGGUGACAGUAAAUUAAUAGGUGACAGUGAAUUAAUAGGUGCAAAAAAUCCUUACGAUAAUUAUCAUUUCCAGGGAUCGGAAGAACUAAAGUUUUGUGUUCAAAAUAAUAAAAAGAAAAUGCAAAAAUUAAAAAGAGGAGGAUAUAUUUGGCCAAUAGAAAAUCAUAAAUAUAAAAAGAAUGUGAGUGUAGAAAUUUUGUAUCUAUUCAAAAAUAUUUUAGAAAAUGAAGAAAAAAAAGGAAGAAAAAAUAUUAUUUGUUUAUUGAAUAAUUUAAAUUUAGAACAUUUUUCUUUAUUUAAUUAUAGUUUGAGUAGUCCUUUUUUAUGGUUACUUCUUUUAAUAAAAAAUAGAAAUUUAAAAACGUUUUGUAUUUUAGAUAUAUGUUUAUCACAUCUACUAUGUGCACUGACAUUUCUAGAAGCUUAUCUUAAACAAAAUUUAUUUAAUUUUCAAGGAAUGAUGAGAAGAAGAAGAAAAAGAAUGGGCAGCAUUUAUUUUAAAUUUAAUGAUCACGACGAAAUUAAAUUUAUUAACGAAAUGUAUUCAAAAUUGAUUAAUGAGAUGAAUCAAAAAAGGGAUAUAAAUGGUACUGAUCAAAUUCAUCAUAAUAAUAUCCAGAGGAAUGAUAUCAAUACAUAUAAUAUGUAUAUAAAUAAAAUACAUAUUAAUAAUAAUAAUAAUAACAACUUAACCAAUACAAAUACUUGUAACACACAUGAACAAAGUAAAGAUAAUUACCAAGCAAACACAAAAAAGAAAAGUAAAAUACUUCAUAUCGUUAUUUAUGUUUAUAAUAAUACGAAAGAAAAUAAACAAUUUAUUAAAUAUAUAAGAAAAAUAUCACGAUCCUUAUGGAGAUGUAACUAUGUUGUAUAUUAUUCAAUACAUUAUUAUAAAUAUAAAUAUUUUAAUAAGUAUAUUGACAUAGAUAAUUUAUAUAGAGAUUAUAUUAUGAACAUUCUCUUAAAUAACCAUAGGCUAAAUAGAUACAUGGAUGAAAGUAAAAUGUUAACAUAUUAA